ACAGACAAAAGUGUCCCUUCCGGCCCUGUCGGGACUUCUCGUCAAAAUAAACUAAUUUGGUAUAUAAGAGUGUGAAGCUGUUCAAAGAUGUCAAACCCUUUCAACCUUAGAAAAAGCGACAAUGUACGCCUCAAGUCUUGCUGUUCUUCUCCUGGUCGCCAUGGCUAGCGCCACUGGUGGAUAUGGCGGUGGUUAUGGUGGUGGUUACGGCGGUGGAUACGGCGGUGGUUACGGAGGCGGUUUUGGAGGCUUCGGGGGUGGCCUUGGUGGUUUUGGAGGUGUUGGUCUCGUAGGCAUUGGUAACAUUGGCGGCUGGGGACGUGGAGGUGGAUACGGCGGAGGAUACGGAGGCGGAUACGGAGGUGGAUACGGAGGUGGAUACGGAGGUGGUUACGGAGGCGGAUACGGAGGAGGAUAUGGUGGAUACGGCAAAGGAGGUGUUGGAAUUUUGCCCGUUCUUGGAGUCGGUGGAGGAUUUGGAGGAUCUGGCUAUGGUGGAAAGGGCUACUAGACGUACUAAAAAUAAGACCUUAUGACUCAGUCUCGAUACUCAAUAAAGUCAUUGAUGGUUAAACAUA